GCAGCCGGCUGGUUUCUACUGAAGUUGUGACUCAAAACAGGAGGAAAUGUUGCAUUUCUUGGGACUAUUUUUAGCCGUGCAUGAACACACAUGUAGUGCUGUAGUGGGUGUGUGAUGGGUCAAAUAAACCAGCUGUCAUGUUCCAGGUAUCAGUGUCCAGUGAGUCCGGUCAGCUCUCUCUCCUCUCAGUCAUAUGAUUUAUGUGAACUGUCCUCGCUGCUUCUACUAAACCGGCAGCGAAAUUGAAAAGAAAAAGUGAAGUGAAACCGCAGCCUGACUCGCUUUAAACUCCACUGAACUCGAUGCCCGGUCCACAAAUAACACUUUAUAUAUUCUGACAGAGGCAGAGAGCAGGAAGUCCUCCUGGUCUAUUUAUUUAUAAUCAUUAUAAUAAUAAUCUGUGAUGUCAGACUGUGACUCUUCCUGCCAGACUCACAGCAACAGUAACCUCCUGUGUGAAGGAUGUGAGGGCUCGGAGGACGAGGGCAGGAGGCUGAAGAGGAGAGAGAAGAACAGAGUCGCAGCUCAGAAGAGUCGCAAGAGACAAAUACAACGAGCUGACGUCCUGCAUGAGGCCUGUGAAGUGUUGGAGCAGAGGAACAGGAAGCUGAGGAGAGAGGUGGAUUCUCUGUCUGAGGAGCAGCGUCUGCUGUCUGAGACCCUCAGAGUUCAUGAGCCCAUCUGUCCCAUCAUGCACUGCUCCUUCACCUCCUCCUCCUCCUCCUCCUCCUCCUCCUGCCUGCAGCCGGACUCGUUGGCAGCUCGCUCCGUCUGAAGCAGCAGUGCUGAAGUCUUUGGAGUUUGGGGUUAUUUUGAUGGUUGUUGACUCUUUUUCA